AUGUUGACUCCUGCUGAUGAGCAAAGUGAGCACAGUGAAGAUCAGACUCUGGACUUCAUUCAUGACGACACUCAAAGUGCAGCAGACAAAGAGUCUGUCGUCAUCAUACCAGUUAUAAGCUCUGUGAUAUCACAAGCAAGCAGUGACCACCAGCUGCUCUCUCACAACUCUCAUGUAGCUGAGAGCCAAGAUGAGGAAGAAUACCUGCAUGGAGACUCAGGAUCAACUAGAAACACAGAGCUUGAAGCAGAGAAAAGACAUCAUGAAAGUGAAAUUAACAGUAAGAGUCCACACACCUCUGCUGUGAUCAACUUAAAUACAGGUAAAAAGCCUUUAGAAUGUGACGUAUGUGGGAAAAUUUUUGAGUGCAAGUCAAAAUUGCAGAGACACCUGAAGACCCACACAGGUGAGAAGCCGUAUACUUGUGACGUAUGUGGGAGAGCUUUCAGACGUAAUGGUGUCUUGUUAGUCCACAUGAGGACUCACACAGGUGAGAAGCCAUAUACUUGUAACGUAUGUGGGAGAGCUUUUGGACGUAAUGGUGUCUUGUUACUCCACAUGAGGACUCACACAGGUGAGAAGCCACAUACUUGUAAUGUAUGUGGGAGAGCUUUCGGACGUAAUGGUCACUUGUUAGUCCACAUGAGGACUCACACAGGUGAGAAGCCACAUACUUGUAACGUAUGUGGGAGAGCUUUUGGACGUAAUAGUGUCUUGUUAGUCCACAUGAGGACUCACACAGGUGAGAAACCGUAUACUUGCAAAACAUGUGGGAGACACUUCAGAACUGCCAGUCACUUGACAGCCCACAUGAGAACGCACACAGGUGUAAAGGUGCAUCACUUGAGCACAGAGGUUCCAGUUGAAGUCACACAUAUACAGGAGAGAGACGGUUUACAUGCAAAACAUGUGGCAGAGCUUUCAGAGGCCUCUUCCAUAAAGCAUGCUAAGAAAAGUGGGGAGUGAAGUCCAAAUCCUGAAUUUUAAUUGAAAUUGCAGGUCUGGAAAAGUUAAACUAGUGAGAUAAAGAACAAAAGGAGGAGACUGCUUUAAAGUUUGAAUUUUAUACUUGCAGGAGUCAUGGAAAACCUGGAAAAGUCAUGGAAUUAGUCAAAAUCAUUAUAAGUCACAGAACUUGUUUGUGUAUAAUGAAAUUAUUAGAAUCAUCUUCAGUGGAUAACCCUCCAUAUAUAUAUAUAUAGCUUUAAUAUGCGUCGAUGUGUGACAAUGUUUGUUUACCAUCUUUUUUUCCUUUAGAAUCUUUAUUUCAAAUAUAAAUAAAAUACAACAAAAUGUAGGUGAUCAAUAAUGUAAUCAGUCAUACAAAAUAAAAUUAAAAAAAACAAUCAUAGUAACAGGGGUAGCGUUCAAAAAGGAGUAGGUAGAAGUUAUGCACUUAUCUUGACCUACCCCUUAUUUCAAGUAAUGUUGCUACAAUUAAAUAUAGAUUCACAGAUGCAUAUUAGCAUGCAUACAUACAUAAUCAAAGAAAUACAAUCACAAAUGCGAGCUGGAAUACUUCUGGUUCUGACUAUAUGUAAGUGAUAUGAGAAAACCUAGUUGUAGUGUGGAUUGGAUACCCAUGGAAGGAAGAUACGUCCUAUGUCAGCUGUGCUUCAUAUUCAUGCAAUCUACUGUUUUUGAACAAUCUUUUGCUGCUGUUUUUCAUUUCAUCUGGACAUUCAUUCCAUAUUUUGACUCCUUGGACUGUGAUGCUGUGAUAUUUGGAAUUGGUUCUUGUCAAGGGUUUAUUGAACAUGUCCAAUCCUCUCAAGUUGUGGUGUUUGUCUCUUGCUUGGAGCAAAUUCUGAAUAUUUUGUGGCAAUGACUGAUUUUUAACUUUAUAUCAUCUUUAUAUUAUCUGCAAAUAAUACUGUUUUCAUUAUUCUGGAGAUUACACAUAUUUCAUUGAUGUAUAAUAUAAAUCACAGUGGUCCCAGAACAGAUCCCUGUGGAACCCCACAUGUGACAUCCUUCAGAUUAGAGUUGACGUUAUAAAUAUGAACAUAUUGACUUCUAUUUUUCAGGUAACUACUUACCCAUGUUAAAGCAACCCCUCUAAUUCCAUAUUUAAAUAACUUUUUUAAUAAUAAGUUGUGAUCAACAGUGUCAAAAGCUUUUUCAGGUCAAGAAAUACACCUACUGCAUAUUCUUUAUUUUCAAUUGCUGUUGUUAUUGUUUUGUCAUCUUCUCCCUCAGUUUGUCUCUCCCUUCCUGUGUGCCAGUUAUGUUUACAUAGAGUUUGAAUCUGAUGUUUGAAAAACCACCGGGAAAGUGGGGAAAGAAAAAAAAAUCUUCAUGAGUCCUUGAAAAGUCAUGAAAAAGUUUGGAAAUAUUGUCCAUGAAAAUGUGAGCGGAACCUGUAAUUAAAAGUAUGUCUGAUUUUGCAGUGAGCACAGUAAUAAACUGAU